UGGUCACUUCAGCAUUUUGUUUCAACAGUUAUUGAUAGAGAAAAAGAAACACAUCACAACACUCGUUGUGUUGCUCAGGAACUCCUAAACAAUAUUGUUAUGUUAUAUUUUAGUAUGGCUAUUUUUACA